CUUGAGAGUUUUAACCUCUGGCGUAUCUGGAGAAGGGCGGAGCUUGGGUGGAGCUUGGCGCAUGCGCGGCGCGGGCCCCAGCUGUAGCAGGCGCUGAAAUUCAAAAUUGGACGGCGGUUUGCAGCCGCGGAGGCUCAAAAGGGAGAGGCUGUUUCGGGAGCCAGACGUGGCGAGGGAGGUCGGUGCGCGCCUGCGGAGAUGGACCCCUUCACUGAGAAACUUCUAGAGCGAACCCGUGCGAGGAGGGAAAAUUUGCAGAAGAAGAUGGCUGGGCGGCCCACAGCAGGAGUGCGGCCUACAACACAAACCAAAAGGAGCAGAGAACCUUUGUCAGAAGCUGGUAACCAACCGCUUCAGCCUAGCGAAGAAGAUACAGCAAAGGCAAGUACAAAGCCAUCACCAUCCAAAAGACGUUGUUCGGACAAUGCGGAUAUUCCACUUUCUAAUUCAGAGAAUAGGUAUCCAAUUAACUCUUCUUCAAUGGACCAUGCUGCUUCUGAAACAGCUCCUACCUCUCAGAUUAUUGCCCCCUCCAUUGAGAUUGAAGAGCAGGAUGCAAAAUCUGAGCAAACUCCUGUUGCUUCAGUUAAAACACGCAUGCAAAAGCUGGCUGAACAACGACGCUGCUGGGACAAUGAUUUGUCUGAAAGUUCUUGUAUUUCUCCUAUUGAAUCAAACAAAUGCGUCAUUUCCCCACCCAAACAACUUCCCCUUACAACUGAUACCCCAGUAGGUCGAAGAGGCCGUUUAGCUAACCUUGCUGCUACAAUUGGCUCCUGGGAAAAUGACCUAAGUCAUCCAUCUGCAAGGCAAAACAAUACACAAGAACGGCCUGGUACGACUUGUUUAUCCAAAUUGUCCACUACUAGUGGAGCAUCUGGUAGAAUCAAUAGCGACAGUGUGAAGCAGGAUGCUGCAUCCUGUUUGCAAAGGGCUGUUGAGCCAUCUGUGAAUAAGUCGGCAAACUCUGAGAUAUUGGGAACUAAUAAUUUCAUAGCAAAAUCUUCAGGAACAACUAUCAAUCAUUCUAAGGAGACUGAGGUACCAAAACGACUGCUUCAGGAAAAGGCCAGCCUUAAACCACCAUUGAAACCUGCAUUAUCUCAGCCACUUUCUGCCAAAGAGGAGCGAAUCAAGGGAACACAUGUACAAAUUGAUUCUAAGGAUAAACCAGCCACACCAGGAGGAUCAGGGAUUAAGCCUUUUCUGGAACGUUUUGGAGAGCAUUGCCAGGAGCAUAGUACACAAAGUCCUGUUAUCACUGGAGGACACAGGACUCCCAUUAUUACUCCAAAUACAAAGACAAUCCAAGAAAGACUAUUCAGACAGAAUGAAGUAUCUUCUACUGCUAGUCUAGCACAGCAGCUCAAACAGGAACGUGAAAGAGAACUUGCAUGUAUCAGAGGCCGCUUUGACAGGGGCAAUUUGUGGAGCGCUGAAAGAAAAGAGAACUCCAGAAAAAAACACCCAGAAACAAAAUCGGAGAGUUUGGUUCAGGUUAACUCAAAGCACCUGCCCAAUUCUGAUGACAACUCACAGGUAGCUGAAGAAAAGGCUGUAGAGAUAGCCGUAGAAGGCAUAACUUCUGGCACUUCAGAACAUGAAAAGACAGAAGAGCUCAGUCCCUUGAAAAUCUUUUCACCACAGACUCCUGUAAAAACACUUUCCAACUCAAACCUUGAGCAACUUCCUGAGGAACAGAAAGACAAAGAGCCCAAGACUGAAGCGAAUGACGAAAUGAAUAGUUCACAGGUGAUAAGUGACAUCUUUGAUGAAGUUCUUCAAGAGGAUGGGCCUGACAUAGAGAAACUUAAAAAAGAGAUGAGUAUGACCUUGGAAGCUGAUUGUGAGGAUGAACAGGAGCCACUGAAUAUUUCCUCAAUGUCCCUCCUGACACCUUUAACAGAGUCUGUUGCAAGUCCAGAGGUUUUUGCAUCCCCUAGUAAGUUAGUUGAUGAGGGAAGCAAUGCAAGUGAUGAUAGUCCAAAGUCCAACAAGUUUCAAAGAACAUCUGUUUGCAGAACUGAAUCUGGAAGCAGCAUUGGGUCCAUGUCAGAGGAGCGCAAUCUUCUGUACAGUAUUGAUGCCUAUCGAUCACAGCGAAUUAAAGAAAUAGAUCGUCCUUCAAUAAAGCAAGUGAUCGUUCGUAAAGAAGAUGUUUCUUCCAGGCUUGAGGAGAAAAGGAAUGGAACGUCUGAUCAAAUUAACAUCAAACGCAAAUUACAGGAGCUGAAUAAUGAAAUCAAUCUGCAACAAACAGUAAUACAUCAAGCCAGCCAAGCUCUAAACUGUUGUAUUGAUGAGGAACAUGGGAAGGGUUCACAAGAAGAAGCAGAAGCUGAGAGACUACUUCUCAUUGCAACUGAAAAAAGAACAGCAUUAUUGGAAGAGCUAAACAAACUAAAAAAUGAAGGAUCUCAAAGCAAGAAGAUUAAAGCUGAUUCAAUGCCUAGUGGAGUUUCUCCAUCCAGGGGCUCUGUUACUCUGUCAGAAAUGCGCCUACCUCUAAAAGCAGACUUUGUAUGCAGCACUGUCCAGAAACCAGAAACAGCAAACUACUACUACGUAAUAAUGUUAAAAGCAGGAGCAGAAAACAUGGUUGCUACACCGUUAGCAAGUACUGCAAGUUCCCUGAAUGGUGGAGAUGCUCUUACUUUCACUACUACUUUUACGCUGCAAGAUGUGGCCAGUGACUUUGAGAUAAACGUUGAAGUUUAUAGCUUGGUACAGAAAAAAGAAUCCACAGGCGUCGAUAAAAGGAAAAAAUCAGCUAAGUCAAAGGCUAUUACUCCAAAGAGAUUGCUGACUUCUAUUACUGCCAAGAGCAACCUUCACACACCAGUCAUGGCGAGUCCAUGUGGACCCAAUGCUGUGCGCACAAGUAACUUUGUUCUUGUUGGUUCACACACAAUUUCCCUAUCUUCAGUUGGGAGUACCAGAUUCUUGCUGGACAAGAUAAAUUAUGGAAUUAAAGAAAAAGAGAUGUUGGGUAGUUUGUUCCAAGAUAAGGUUCCUUUUUUGUCUCCCCUGGAAGGUCAUAUUUAUCUGAAAAUUAAAUGUCAAAUAGAUUCUUGUGUGGAAGAGAGAGGUUUUUUGACUAUGUUCGAAGAUGUCAGUGGCUUUGGGGCCUGGCAUCGGCGCUGGUGCGCUCUUUCUGGAAACUGCAUCUCCUACUGGACUUAUCCGGAUGACGAAAAACGCAAGCAUCCAAUGGGCUCAAUAAACCUGGCGAACUGCACUAAUCGUCAGAUCGAACCAGCUAACAGAGAGUUCUGUGCUCGGCCGAACACUUUUGAGCUCAUUACGGUUAGGCCCCAGAGAGAGGAUGACAAGGAAACGCUAGUCAGUCAAUGCAAAGACACGCUCUGUGUUACCAAGAACUGGUUAUCGGCUGAUACUAAGGAAGAGCGUAAUCUGUGGAUGCAAAAACUCAACCAAGUUCUUAUUGACCUUCGCAUGUGGCAGCCUGAUGCUUGCUAUGUGCCAAUUGGGAAACCUUGAGCUGCGGGGAAGAUUUCUCACAGGAGCUUGCUUCAAGCCACAUGCUGUGCUCUUAAUGUAGACUUUUUAUACGAGAUCCCUUGGGAUUCUUCAUGCUUUAAAAUCUGGAAGGAGAGGUGGUGUUAUAUUAGGCUCCUUGGUGCAUUCAGAGUUCUAACUCUUCUAGGAUUGGAGUAUGGUAGUAGCUGUGUUUUUAAGCUCUAUUUGGCUGUGCUAAAUAUUUUUAUAUAUAAUAUUUCUUGAAAUCUGUAGUGCAGUACACAAUUAAAGUACCAGUUUAUUUUAAUUGAUCAGGGCUCAGUUUAUUUCAAGAACUGGAAAAAAUCAGCACAGGAGGAAAAAAAACUUAGAGCUUUUAUCAGUGUGCAUGUUUCUCCUAAGAAUGAUGCCUCAAAAGUUGUUUAGCUUUAGUGGGGAGCUGAAGCAGGAACUUCAAUGAUUUAUUUAUAAAGGUGUUUUCAACCUAAUUAGGAAGUUAAAAAGGAAAAUACCCCAUUGUGUUUAAUGUUCAGAAUACUUGGCACUUGCAAAAAGUGUCUGUCUCGAGAACACCAUAGAAUAGUCAUAGAACCAAAUAGAAAUAAUGAGGUUAAAAAGAAAUAAAAUGGUGCAUGGUUGUGCACAUAUGGUUUACAGGUCUGAUCAGUUAUGAAGUACAUUGCACAUUUUCUUAGAAAACAUGUAUUUAGUUUUCUUGAAGCUGCUUUAAAAAACAAACCUUUAUUUUACUCUUAUAUAUCAAGCCAUUUUCAUGCAUUUCCUAGUUUGAAUGAAUUUAAAACUUUCACUGAUCUGAGCACUAGGAGAGUAAGAUGAAUUUCAUUUAGCUGCUGUAGAGUUGCAAUACGCAAAGUAAUAUUUCUGAGAAUCCAACUUCAGCUGAUGAGCACAAUGUUAAGGCUGCUCACUUAAAUAGCAAAUGCACAGUGUUCACAAAUGCUUUCCACUGGGUGUCACAAUGUUAUAUGACUGCUGCAUGCAUUUUUAGAUAGCAGCAAUGGGGUACUUCGUCUAAAACUGCUAUGGCUUUAAGUUGAACACUAACAUUUUCCCCCUCUACAGCAUAUUUUGUAUUAUCACUUUAAAUACCUGCUUUUCUGAUGUUUUUGAACAAGUAAGAACUCUUCCCCCAUAAAAAAACAAACCUUAAAUGUAUCAAAAGGGAGUGCCUGCCAAUGAGGGCUGUCUUACAAUGCUGAAAAAAAUGUGGGUUUGGUUCCAGAGCAUGGAACUGAAAAUCUAGACUAAUAAGCCUUUCUCAAAAUGAUGCCCAAUAUGACUAUUCUGACUGUAGUGUUGCACUCAGAUGGGUUUUGUGAAUGCACUUCAUAGGAACCCAGUGCUGAUUUAUGCUGGUUAAACUUGUAGGACAAGUUAAUAAGCAAUUUGUUAUAUAAGGAAGAACAGUUAUAAAUUUGUGAGAGUACACGAAAAAGUAGAGUAAGUAGAAUGUGUUGCAAAUAAACUGUGUGAAAGAAGAAACGAAGUAAAUUGCUACAAGAGUAAAAUAAAAAAUAUAUCAGAAAGGAAGUGGUGUUUGCUAACUGAGAUCUGCUUAGUUUACAGUAUCGGAUGAGAUUGUGUAUGUUAUAAGUGACACAUUUGCAGCAAGCCUCACCUCACUAAAAAUACUGACCAGAGCUUGGGAAGAAGAGGGGGCCAAAUAUUCUGGGGACGGCAGCUUGGUCUUCCCCAAUAAUGUUAUAGCCUUGGAAAAGCAGCAAGAUUCUAGCUGAGAACAUUAUUGGAAAACAGGAUGAUGAAGUGGCAAAUCACUUCCUGGUCAAUUCAGAAAAAAGCAAAUUAAUUUGGCAAAUUAUUUCAGCUACAAUAAAUAGCACUGCAUUCAUUAAAAAAA